AUGGUUGUUAUCGUUGAUGGCCGACCCUACCCAAUGGAUACCACACCUUCUUCAAAGCUCCUAUUCUCCGGAUUAGCACCAGCAGCCAACAAUGGAUAUUACUACGCCAAGAUCGAUUCAUCUUCCAAUAUCAUCGAUCAUGAGCCAUUUAUACGAGAACCAUUUGAAGCAGAUAGGUCACCCAACGAACAUUAUAAUCGCUCUCGCAACAAGUGGGAAAUUGCACAGUUACCCCAAGUACUCGAACCCCUACCCCUUAUCCAACGCAUCGAUAGCAAACUGCACAAGGAUGGGGAAAUACCUACAAUCCAUAUCACCGGCGACGCAAAUGGUAUCAACAACAUGCAUAAAAAGGCAGACGAUGAUAUUCAAGUGAAUACUACAAUGACUUGGAUCAGCCUUGAUGAUGUACAAUCAUUUUCUGGUGUCGAAUUUGAAGUAUCAGGCCGCCAAGCCCGUGAGAGCGCCAAAUUAUCCUACAACAUCAAACUACCUAAGAAAUCGUAUCUUUAUGGGUAUCGUCGUCUCAAGCUGCGUGCCUUGGAUACCGAUCCAUCCUACAUCCGUGAAGCUCUUGGAUUCAAAAUGUUGCGUUCAGCUGGUGUACCUACAACUGAUUUUAGCUUUGUCAGGCUUUAUAUCAAUGAUCAAGCAAUUGGGUUAUUUGGACUGAUCGAAAAAUUCAAAGACCCUUGGCUGAGAAACGAGUUUGCUGAUGGAGACAAGGAUUAUCAACAAGGGACAUUGUAUCAAGGCAAAUACACCAAUGUCAAAGCUGAGCUCUUGGGGGAUCGUGUAUCUGAUCUCAGCUAUUAUGGCGACAAUCCUUGGCCGUACAAGCUCGGCGAAUAUAAGAUUGCAGAAGACCCAUCCUCGGGUGAAUCUAAUUACAAGGCUCUUAUCGAAUUAACCAAGUUCCUUGCUUCUGCACCGGCCACGGUGGAUGCAUGGGAGGCUCGUUGGGAUAUGGAAAGCGUUCUAAGAGCGAUGGCUCUCGAGAUGCUAAUGGGCUUUGCUGAUGGGUAUCUCACGGUGGCAGAUAACUUUUUUGUUUAUCAAAUGGCUCCCAACGGCACUAAGUUUGUGUUUAUUUUGUGGGACAUUGAUCUCAUUCUCGGUUCAACGGCACUCGUCAAGCUUUCACAAAUGGAAACGGGUGAUUGGAGAGAACUUGCAAGUACCCUUACCAAGCGUCCAUUGAUGCAAUUCUUACAUGUGCCUGAAUACGCAAAGCGAUUCGAUGAUUUGAUCCGUGAACUUAAUGAUAAGCUCUUGAGCUUAGAUGUACUCGGCCAAUACAUCGAUGACACGGUUGCCAUGAUACAACAAGAUGUUGCCUGGGACCUGAGUUGUCCUCGUGUCAGCCAUAUACCACUUUUACGUUCCCAUGAUUUUGCGGUGCUUGCUCAUUUACUAGGCUUGAUUGGUCAAACGGAUGUCGACAUACGUACUGUAAACGAUUUUGGACGGCGCCAGCGUCGAAACGAUGUUGGGCUUAUGCAAGCUGUGAAUGGGCCUACAGGUUACAGCUCCCUAGCUGGUGUCAAGGAGUUCAUCAAAGUAAAGCAUCAGAAUGUCAAAAAUCACUAUGACGGUGUAAAAAGCGAUAAUGAUAAUAGACACAAGAGCAACCUGCUUGACAUUCUUCCGAUAUAA